AGUCUGGUUUUGUGGUAACAAAAUUAACAUGGCAGUCCCAAGGAAAUCGGCUAUGGACGAAUUUGAAACUGCUUUUCAGAAUUUAACAUCAGCUUUAAGGGAUCAAGAACACUUUAAUAAUGCUGUUAGCGAAGAAGUUAAAACAACCGCAGAAAUUAAUGUUCAAAAGUUUACUGAGGCUACUCAUCAGCUUGAAAAGUAUUUUCUUGAGAAGAAGCUUCAAAUAAUGCAAAAUAGACCAGUUGAAACUUUGAACGAAGAGAUAAAUGAAUUAAAACUAGAGUUAGAAAGGAAAGACACGUUAAUCAAGAAUCAUAAUGAGAACCUUGUCAAAUGGAUUAAUACUCUCUCAAGUAAUUCUCUAUCAAAUAGAGGGAAUCAAAUCCCUAAUGUUCAAGUAAGCCGUGGGCCGGGUAUGCCUCAACAUCCUAAUCCAUCUCCGGGAAAAGCGCAAGGCCCUCUUGCUUCUUUAGAAGCAACAACCAGCAAUAUUGGACUCGGAGAAAGAAGGUGA